AUGAAAAAUAAAGGAACUCAUGAAGUGUUAAGAGUUUUACAAAAGUUUGUAGCAGAACAUAGCCCAAGUACUUUAACAUCAGACCAAGACAGUGCAUACCUCAGCAAUGAAAUCACAGAUUUUCUCAUUAAGCAUAACAUAACUCACUACACUACUGAAGACCAUAACCAUAACAUACUCGGCAUCAUAAACCGCUUCAUAAGGACUCUCAGAGAUUUAAACCAAGAGCGAGACUUUAUCGAAGAAACAAUGAAACAUUUUCUCGAAGUAUAUAAUUCCUCAACACAUUCUACAACAGGACAUACACCAAAUUCAAUGACACAACAACAAGAAGAAAAGUAUAUACAAAAGAAACGAAGUCAAACACAAAAUAUCAGAAAUUCAACACAAUUUACCCUCAUUCCUGGUACAAAAGUUCGUGUAGUCCUUGACGACAAACCGUUGACAAAGAAACGUUUAAGGUUAAGUAGAAACUAUUAUAUCGUAGACUCUACGCAAGGUAAUGGAUAUCUUAUAAAAGCUGCUGACGACUCUAUUGCGUUUUACCCUCGACAUAAAUUAGUCGAAAGUAGUAAUGGCAAACUUGCUGAAACCAUUGACGAAGCAAAGCGAGGAGUGGUUAUUGAAAUACUUGACUAUAACAUAAACGAUGACACUUAUAAAGUAAGAUAUGAAGGAGGUGUUGAAGAUGUUAUACCAUCUAAGAACUUGAGAGAGUCAAAGCCAACACAUCUGGGACCAUUAGAGCGGGAGUACUGGAAAGACAAAAAUAUGCCAGAAAGAAUAAGAAAAUUCUUCUAA